GUGUCAUUUGUCUAUCGAAGAUGAAUACGAAGUUAUGUUUGUUUACGUAUCGACGAGAACUCUCUCAAAUAUAAAUUGGAAAAUUAUCUGGUUAGAAGUUUUGUUAAGUAGGCUCAAUUUGUUAUGACACUUGUGCUUAACAAUGUAAGCGAACCCAAUAUUGUAUUUUGAUCUCCUUUCGAUAUUAUUGGAUUUGUAAUUUGAAUGUGAGCAGGCCGCAUCGUUACGCUCUGUUCCUUGCCUGGAUUGUUCAUUCUCAGGAAAGCAACAGAGUUCCGGAAUAACUAAUACAUAUAGUUUGCUAACGAUUGGUCUCCAAUCCAGUCUAAUUGAAUAUCAGGACACAUGUACGUACAGUUAACCUGGGCGUCGACACAGAGGCAAUCGUAGCUGCUGUUGUUUGAGAAUCAUAGAAACAUUGAAACGAUUCGGCGCAACGGGCAUGGUGAAUCGAUCGCGAAUGGUCUUAACAAUAACUUGAAGAAACGGGCUCCUACGACAGUAUCGCCUUUGGCUUUUCUGCAUAUUGAUUGAUUGAUUGGUUGAUGAUUAUUCAGAUAAGAUGAUAUCACAUUGUUUCGAUCGGAAGUAUAAAGUGAGAAAAGUGUUUGCGUCUAUAACGGCCAUUCUGAUUUGCUGUUACGUGAUUGUAAGCAACUGGCGAUGGAAACUACGAGAAGAAACCGAGUAUCCAAUCGAAGAGUGGAUGUACCACCCCCUUAUUGCUUGUGACGGGAACUUGAGAGCAUUUGGACAUGAAUUUGUCCGGAUGGGUAAUGUAAAGGUCCAGGGUAUCAAUUCAGCUAAGGAUAAAAGUCAUAAAUUUACAAAAUUUAGAUUUGCCAUACCCUGUAAGGACAAAAUACCAUACUAUAGAUUUAGAUACAUGGAAGAAGGCCCGUUACAGGAAUGGAUGUCAGAGUUGAGUACGUUUCCGACUGAUCAGGUUUACUCUGUGUCAAGGACCAGACCAACAUUUGUGAUACAAAGGAUAGAAGCUCACAACUUGUAUCAUACAUUAUGUGAGUGGUUUAAUGUGUUUAUGGUCUCAAAGUUUUUGGUCUUAGACCCUUCGUCAGUCGACAUCUUGCUCCUAGAUGAUCGACCCCUGAGUCUUCUGGAUAAUACUUGGGAUCAGUUAUAUGGAAGCAUUUAUAAGAUUAGAGACAUCUCCCAGGAUGACGUCUUCAAAACUCUUGUUUGGAAUAUUAUUGGAUACAACAGCCCAUUGAAUUUUCACAAUUUACGAAGAGUCCCACUUAUAAACGAAUUUCACAAUUUUUUCUUGAAAGCUUAUUCAAUUGAAGAAAAGAGGAGUUUUGAUUGUGGAAAAUUAGAUGUGACAAUUAUUUGGAGGAGGGACUAUCUUACUCACCCAGAACGACAAGAGGAAACGCAAGGCUUAGUCCAUAGAAAGUUUAAAAAUGAAGAUGAAAUUUUAUCUGUUGUAAAAUCUGUAUUUUCAAAUGCUCACAUUAAGACUUUGAUUCUAGAAAAUCUUACAAUGAAAGAACAAUUAGAAGUAAUGUCAAAGACGGACGUUUUGAUUGGCAUGCAUGGAGCGGGUAUGGCUCAUAUAAUGUUUUUACCUAAACAUGCAGUUGUGCUAGAAUUCUUUCCUACUUACUGGGGAUUUUUAAGAAAUUUUAAAGCAAUUGCAGAUUGGAGAAAUAUUAAGUAUUUUGGAUGGAAAAACAAAGAUGAGGCAAACGAAUAUAAAGGAUUUUACACAAGAAUACCUAAGCAGAUUGUACUAGAAUAUGCCACAAAAGCAAAAUCACACCUUUGCCACGAGUAAAACAAUUCAAUUUAACUGUAUAAUUUUUAUG